GUCAGUAGCAGAGAAACUCAAAUUAGGCAAAACCAUAAAUCCAGAGUAUUUCCAACAAGUGACCAUCUUCUUCAGCGACAUCGUGGGAUUCACGAAGUUAGCUGCCGAGAGCGCCCCCAUGCAGGUCGUGGAUUUGCUUAACGAUCUUUAUACUUGUUUCGACACCAUUCUCGAAAAUUUCGACGUCUAUAAGGUGGAGACGAUAGGAGACGCGUACAUGGUCGUAUCGGGGCUGCCCGUGCCCAACGGCAAUCGACACGCAGCAGAGAUAGCGACGAUGGCGCUGGAACUGCUCAGCGAGGUGUGCGUGUUCCGCAUCCGGCACAAGCCAGGUCACCAGCUGCAGCUCCGCGUCGGCAUACACUCAG